AUGGCCGCGGCUAUCACGGCGGCGCGGCUCGCCGCCUCCGCGGCCGUCGCAACCUCUGGCAGCUCUCCCCCGUCGCACACGCGCACUCCCCUCCCGUCCCACACCCUCACUCCCCUCCCGUCGCCCACGCUCGCCCACGCAUCCUCCUCCCGUCGCCCACGAUUUCCCAUCCCGUCGCCCACGCAUCCCCAUCCCGUCGCCCACACAUCCCCAUCCCGUCGCCCACGCGUCCCCAUCCUGUCGCCCACGAUUUCCCAUCCCGUCGCCCACGCAUCCCCAUCCCGUCGCCCACGCAUCCCCAUCCGUCGCCCACGCAUCCCCAUCCCGUCGCCCACGCGUCCCCAUCCCGUCGCCCACGCAUCCCCAUCCCGUCGCCCACGCAUCCCCAUCCCGUCGCCCACGCAUCCCCAUCCCGUCGCCCACGCAUCCCCAUCCCGUCGCCCACGCAUCCCCAUCCCGUCGCCCUCUUAUGCCGUCCCCUCUUUCCCGUCUCUCCAUCCCUCACCUCCCCAUCCCUCGUCUCCCCAUCUCACCUUCCCAUCCCUCACCUUCCCAUCCCUCAUCUCCCCAUCCCUCACCUUCCCAUCCCUCAUCUCCCCAUCCCUCAUCUCUCCAUCCCUCAUCUCCCCAUCCCUCACCUUCCUAUCCCUCACCUUCCUAUCCCUCACCUUCCCAUCCCUCACCUUCCCAUCCCUCAUCUCCCCAUCCCUCACCUUCCCAUCCCUCAUCUCCCCAUCCCUCAUCUCUCCAUCCCUCAUCUCCCCAUCCCUCACCUUCCUAUCCCUCACCUUCCUAUCCCUCACCUUCCCAUCCCUCACCUUCCCAUCCCUCAUCUCCCCAUCCCUCACCUUCCCAUCCCUCAUCUCCCCAUCCCUCAUCUCCCCAUCCCUCAUCUCCCCAUCUCACCUUUCCAUCCCUCAUCUCCCCAUCCCUCACCUUCCCAUCCCUCAUCUCCCCAUCCCUCACCUUCCCAUCCCUCAUCUCCCCAUCCCUCACCUUCCCAUCCGUCAUCUCCCCAUCCCUCAUCUCCCCAUCCCUCACCUUCCCAUCCCUCAUCUCCCCAUCCCUCACCUUCCCAUCCCUCAUCUCCCCAUCCCUCAUCUCCCCAUCCCUCACCUUCCCAUCCCUCAUCUCCCCAUCCCUCUCCUUCCCAUCCCUCGCCUCCCCAUCCCUCAUCUCCCCAUCCCUCAUCUCCCCAUCCCUCAUCUCCCCAUCCCUCAUCUCCCCAUCCCUCACCUUCCCAUCUCUCAUCUCCCCAUCCCUCAUCUCCCCAUCCCUCAUCUCCCCAUCCCUCAUCUCCCCAUCCCCUUUCGCAAAUUGCUCGUCGCGCCCGUCCCGUCUGUCCCGUCGCGUGCGCCGUGCCUGCCCGUCCCGCAGCGCCACGCCGCGCCCGUCCCGUUCUGCCUGCCGCGCAGCGCCGAGCCGCGCGCGUCCCGUUCUGCCUGCCGCGCGGCGCCGAGCCGCGCGCGUCCCGUCCUGCCUGCCGCGCAGCGCCACGUCGCGCCCUACCCUACCGUCCUGCAGUGCCUUGAGCCUCACCCACUGCCUGUCACGCCCUACUUAGGCCCUUUAGGCGUUUUAGGGUUUCGGCAGCAGCAGUUCCCACCUCUUCGCUUCCGCUAUGGCGACCCCUAG